AAGAUUGAAUGACGAAAUGACCAUGUAUGCAUACAUGAAAUUUAGUGAGUAACAAAGGAAAGCAAAAUAUUGUGAAUAGAUCCUGUGUGCUUUGUGAAGUUAAAAUAAUUCGUAAGUUAAAGCGUUAAUAGAAUGCACAGGUAAUUCAUAUGCUUCAUGUAUAUGUAUGUAGUGCAUCAAAAACUAGUGGGUGAUAGCAAUGUGCACACUGUUGAAAUAUAAGGAAAUUGCGAAAGAAGUUUUUUGUAAGCAAGAAAAUGAAACAGUGCACGCGUUAAUAUAUGUGAAUAUGUUUGUGUGUUUUUGACUUGAAUGCGUGUACUUGUGUAAAUGGAGUAAAGUCGUCGUUGAUCGACAGUGGAUUUGUUGAAGUAAAAGCAAAGAGCCAAGAAAUUGAGAGAGAAAGAGUAGCCAGACAAUUGCGAAGAAGCAAUAAGCAAAGAAGUGAAGUGAGCGUGGCGUAGUUGAAAAAAACGAAAAAUGAGUCCAAGGCGACCUAAAAAACAAUUUCUAUGAAAAAGUGGUUUUUCUAGAAAUAAAUUCCCAACCUAUCCAAAUCCAGCAACAAUAAUAAAAUAGAAGUAGCGGAAACGCUCUCGUGAGUUGAAUUACUGAUCGCGCAAUACACGGCUUGCAGAUCUGAUCGCAACUGUGCCUUGAACGCAGUAAAUGCAAUAGCCCAGAAGAAAAGCCAACAACGUGAGAGCAAUUUGUUGUCGUAUUUUAUUAUUAUUUUUGUAUUUGCUGCGACUAUUGCGAAUUCUCUUUGUGCGCUCAACUCAAAAGUGAAAGACAAAUAAGAAAAAAAUAAUAUUUUUGCUAAACGCUGAAAAGAUCAACAGCACUAUUUGCCGUACAGCGCUAUAGUGAUCCAUCAACAACUACAUACGUGUAACGCGAAUUAAAUUGGAAACUGUGGAGCAGCAGCAUCAGCGACAGUAACAGCAAGAGACUAGCAACAGCAAUACCAACAAAACUUCCGAUACAGUAUAGUUUGCAUAGGUUUUGUGGAGCGCCCAAGAGUGUGUGAAGUUGUUUGUAUUGGAGUAAAAAGCACUGUGUGAUUUGGAAUAUUUCUUGUUGUCGUCUCUUGACCCAUAUUGGACUAUAUUUCGCAAAGCGUUUGCAGCUUUGGCAAUAAAAUAAUUAGAAUUUCAAUAAAUAGAAAAACGCUUUUCAUACACACUUUUUGGAAAGUUCAUCAAUUUAAAUUUACAUAUUAUAACGGAUUGGUCCAACGUCAAAGGGCGCUGCGCUGUACUAAAUAAUUAUUUCAAAUUUCCUGACUGCGUUCGUAAAUUAAAAAAAAGCCGCUUUAAUGAUGUCGUCUGAUCAACAGUUUUUCCUAAAAUGGAACGAUUUCCAAACGAAUAUGGUGACCUCGUUCCGGCACCUGAGGGACGAGAAAAGUUUUACAGACGUAACACUUGCCUGCGAAGGACAAACUUGCAAAGCGCACAAAAUGGUUCUAUCUGCAUGUAGCCCGUAUUUCAAAGCACUUUUGGAGGAGAAUCCUUCAAAGCACCCCAUCAUUAUUUUAAAAGAUGUCUCGUAUAUACAUCUGCAAGCUAUAUUAGAGUUUAUGUACGCCGGCGAAGUAAAUGUCUCGCAAGAACAAUUGCCGGCCUUCUUGAAAACUGCUGAUCGCCUCAAAGUGAAAGGUCUGGCAGAAACUCCCAGUUCCAUAAAACGGGAAGGUUGAUGGUGGUAAAUAAAUAAAAAUAAAAAAAAAAACAGACGACUAUAUAUAAUAAUACAACAAACAUAUAAAAACAAAAUACGCCUACAACUAAAAAUAAGGAAUGAUUAUAAUUUUAAAUGAACCUAAAUAAAAGCAGUUUAAAUUUUAUUUUAAAUGCGUAAAA